AAGAGGGAUCCGAAACAAAAAAUGAGCGAACCCGAUGAAAACCCCCCUUCAUUGAGCCCAGAGCCCGUAUUCCCGAGAGCUCCGGUCGCGAUGAAGACCAUUUAUGAAACCAGCUCGUUCAAUUCAUCGCUCUCCUCGGUCAGGAGUCCGAGCUUGGACAUCUCUCACUCGUCGAAAAUGAGACUGGUGCCGAGCAUCGAGGAUUUCGUCAUAGUGAAGAACAUCAGCUCUGGCGCAUUCGGAAAAGUUGUCCUGGCACGACAUCGGAUUAAGAGCGAUCAGAUAUACGCUGUGAAAGUAAUGGAGAAGUUUCACAUGCUGAACAAGAAUAUGGCUGAAAGAGUUAACAACGAGAAGAAUGCUCUCGCAAUCAGCCAUUCGGAUUUCGUGGUGAAAAUAUUUUACUCCCUGCAAAGUCGGAGCAGGAUUUACCUUGUGAUGGAAUACAUGAUUGGUGGAGACCUGAAGAAUUUACUUCAGCGAAUGAUAGCUUUCCCAGAGAGCGUUGCUUGUUUUUAUGUCGCGGAGUGCGCCCUGGCGCUCGAGUAUCUCCACAGGCACGGAAUCAUUCAUCGCGACAUCAAGCCCGACAAUGUUGUCAUUGGACAAGACGGUCACGUGAAGCUGACGGAUUUCGGUCUGUGUAAUUUCGACCGGGAGAACGUUGAGAUCGGUCAGAGCGGAAUUCUCGGCACACCCGACUAUCUGGCUCCGGAAAUUCUGCGGAGAAAAAACCACACAACUGCAGUGGACAUAUGGUCGCUGGGAGUUUGUCUCUAUGAGUUCCUAAUCGGCUGUCCACCGUUCAUCGAUGAAACGGUGGAACAGGUUUUCAGUAACAUUCUAUCAAGGGCGAUCGACUAUCCUGAAGGAGAAGAAGCAUUGAGUGAUGCUGCGGUUGCUACAAUCGAAAGCCUCCUCGAAACAGACGUCAGUCUCAGACCUUCGGCGGUGAGUCUUCGGGAGCUGCCUCUGUUCAAGGAUAUUGACUUCUCAAGAAUACAUCAGCAAAGAGCUCCCUGGAUUCCUUCGACUUCGAGCGACAUCGACACCGCUUGUUUCGAAGGUAGUCGGGCGCGAUUCGACGUCGCACUUUCUUCACUGUGAGGGAUCUCUGUUGCCCUCGUGUAGGGAUGGUACCUAUAUUUAAAUAUUCUUGCGAAGUUCCUCAAAGCAAAUGAUCCGACUUGAAGAGGAAUGCAGUAUGUAGGUCAGUAUUGGACGUUCGGAACCGAAGGCGCGGACUAUUCGAUCAGUCAGCUCGGUCGGAGUACUUGUGUAUUGAACAGCAGCGAACGAUUGGAGCACUUGGUUUCCCCGUCGAGAGAUGUCGAUAAAGCACUUCAUUGUUCAACCCCGUGGUUCUUAACCAAUAAAGUCAUUUUG